UCAUCGCCCAUUUUUAAUAAACGUUUACUUUUGUCGAUUCAACAAUAAUUCCCUAUAAAUUCGGGUGCAUUUUUGAGGUGAUUCCACAGUUUAGUAAAGAAUUUCACAGCACCUUGUGUUCCAAUUGUCGACCAUUGCAUCGUGAAUACAACAUUUUCGAACGCGCUUUUUGUCAUUUUGCAGUGAAUGUGACAGUGUUGUUGAUUUAAUUUUCAUUAAAAUGAAGAGGAGACGUGCAAAAAUAAAUUCAGCCUUUAAGAAAAAUACGGCAAAAUUGAACGACAAUGAAGAGUUGCGAUCGAUAAAACUGUCAGCGCCUUCGGUAUUCAAGUCUGAAUAUUCGGAAGCGCUAACAGAGCAUUUUUUCCAUAAAUGCUACAAUGGUACAGUAAUAUGCUACCUAGGUUCGACAUUGUUUUUAUAUGUUGUCAACCUUGCAGCAGAUAACGAUGAUCGGCAAUAUUUCAUUGACAGUGAUGGAAAAAAUGUUAUACGUGAGUGUUUCGCCGCCGUAUCACGAGAAAAUUUGGAAAAUCCAAAACAACCGAAAAUACCACGUGGAUUCCUUGAAAUGAUUGCCGAUGAUCAAUUUGAAUGGCCAAGUAGGUACCAAAUGGGCAACGCAUUUGAAUACUUGAAUCAACAAUAUUUGUCAAAUGUUACGACAAAUUUGACAACGCAUUUAGAUAAUAUAUUGGAGAACUUCUUGCAAAUGAUUCGCUAUAAAUUGAACGAAGGGUUUACGAUUAGGGUAAUCGGCUCAUAAAAUUUGAUGGCAUUGACAUAAGAAAUGCAAAGAACAAUCUUAUGUUCAAUCAAGAUUGUACCGGAGGCGAUCAACACCGAACGAACAAAAUGAAUGAGUUGUAUGAACAAGUCGCCGUACGCUGUUUACCAUCAUUUCGCGAACGUUUGUCAAUGAUUGAAUACAUCGAGAAAAAGUGGUUUGAAUCGUUGUGGUUUUUCAUCUUCAUUCAACGUGAAAUAAGUAUAUUUUUGGAAGAGCAUCACGAUCUUGUGCAAUUAUGGCUACGACACCAACGCCAUCCGCUUUUUUAUUGCAAACCUUCCAAGCCAUUGCCACCAAAAAUAAGAAAUUUCACCGUCAUACCGAUAUGUGACUCGAAGUUGAAACACAUUAAAUUCGAUCAAGAUGAUUUGAUGAGCCUGCUGGCCCAAUGGAAAGUUGUGCCGAAGAUAUUUAACAAUGAUCAUGGAGGGCAUAAUAUGUAUAGCCGUAACUAUUACAAGGAGAACGAAGAUGAAGCAUGGGCCAUUUUGUUCAACAUGGACAAAAUCAACGAGAUCAAGAAACCGAACCAACAGUUUCAUCAUAUGAUAGUCUGCGAUAGCGUUUCCGCGUCGGUAUUGUACAGAACACCAAAGCCUGAGAUCGAGAAUACGGAGCUGCAUCGACAAAGAAUCAAGCAAAAACUCGAGAACAAUGAGUAUAAAUACAUCGUCGCAAUUGAUCCCGGUAUGAAAACAUACUUAGCCGGAAUUCGUCGGAAUAUUGAAGAUCGCACUGAGGAAAAUUUCAAGAUAUCUUCGAAGUCAUAUCAUUGGGGUGCCGGACAAAAAGUCAGAGACAAAAUGGGAAAGCGUAUGACUGCCAGAUUCACGCAACGAGAGCAAUUGGACCGUGAAAGCUAUCCAUCGAUACCAUCACCGCGAGGAAUCCGAUGGAGAAAUUACGUCAGGCAUCGAUUAACCAUGGUGAAAGAUGCAGUGGCUGCAUAUGCUCGGCGACGUUAUGCACGACUUUCGUUUGACAAAUACAUCGGGUUACAAGGUGAGAAAGAUUGGCUGGCGAAAGUAAUAACAAAGAAUGAGCCAUCGCUUAUAAACAUCGGAGCAGUGGAUAUGGCACCCAAUUCACCAAUUGGCAUAAAAAAGGGAAAACGAUGCCCAGGUACACGGCAUCUUCAAUGCAGCGUUAAAAAACUUGGCCAUUCAGAUGUACACAAAGUGAAUGAAGAUUUCACAUCUCAACACUGUGCGAAUUGCCAGAAGAAAUUCCCGAUUCAAACACAAAAAUAUCGAUUCAAAGUGUGCCGUAACUGUACUCGCGAUGCACCAAUACCACAAGAAAUAGAACCGUAUAUCUCACUACCACGGCUAAUUGUGACGAAGAAGAGUCAACGACGCAAAAAGAAAGAUAGCUGCGUGAAGAAAUUGAUCGCUAGAGGCAUCAUGGAUCCAGCAAAUCAACCAGCAGAAUUUCAACCAGGGCGAUUAGAGUCAAAGAAAAUGUACUUUCUGAAAAACUGGCUACUAAACCCUGUGAAUGCAAUUCAAAUGGGAGGCGACGCUGAUAAAUAUCCGGAACAACAACAACAACAGCAACAUCAAAAACGAUUUGAUUAAGCAGCGUCGAAAUCAAAAAGAAAAAAUAUAAUAACUCUGGUAGUUAGUAGCAAAGCUUGUAUUUUGUGGCUUUGGUGAUUGUGUAUAGUACACAUUGUCUAAAUGUGUAAUUGUACACAGUUCAGUACAGAUUUAUCUGUAGUUCACAUAUGAAUAGUUACCUUCUUCCUUAAUUAACAUGUUAAGUAGUUCAUAGCAAACUUCCCAGUCCCGUACGUGACGAAAAACGCAAGCCAAAGCGCUGUUACCGGCUUGGUUAAUACUGGCUUUUGCACCAUUUUGCAAAAGGAAUCGUACCAAAUGCAAAAUAUCCCAUUUAUUCCAUUUUUGAAAUCCGUAUCGUGCUUCUUCCAGAGCAUAUCGAACAAGUACACCGUGCAACGGAGUGUUCCCAAGUGAGUCUGGCUCGUUGAUGAGUUCCUUGCAACCGCGUUCAAGUAAAAUUCGUAUUGUACUUAAAGUGUCAUCAGCCGAUUUUCGUGCCACAAAAAUUACUAAAAAUAAAUCAGAGCAUACAAUGAUUUCAAAACUUUUCCAAUUGCAAUAAUUACAAAUGCAUACCAACAUGCAGCAAAGUCAUUUGCUGUGUACAAGUACGAACUGUUGUUAUAGCUCCAUGUUGAAUGAGUAACUCCAAAAAACGUUGAUCAUGCAAAACUGCCAUAUGAAUGGGAUAGUAUUCGUCUUUGAUUAGAUUAAUUUCAUCAUUUCGUGUGAUAACCAAUUGUUGUACACAUUUCCUAAAAGUAAACGUCGUCGUUUAUUAUUUUAGUUUAUUUGUUAUCUUAUAAUUAUCAAAUACUUGCCAUGCUCCACGUUCACAGGCCAAAUGCAACAAUGGUUUUUUUACUCUAAAUGGCAGCCAUGGUUCUUCCAUUUUUUGUGAUAAAAUAUUCAGUACACCGAUUUGAUCACCGUCGAUCGCAUGACAAACUGCAUUUUGUAAUUUUGUAUUUUGUCGCUCAUUGUGAUUUGACACUGGACUACACACAGUAACACCAUCAUUCACGCCACGAUAUUUACCACUUAGUUCGCAAUUAUUGCAGUGGGGUCCAGGAAAGCACAUGCGAGCUUCAGUAUCCAUACGCGAUCCAUGUUUCAAUAGCAGUUCAACGCAUUCCUCAUAGCCCUUCAAACAGGCAAUAUGAAGCGGAAGUGAACAAGCGCUUCGAUUUACAUCAGGACGCCGUUGUAAAAGCCAUCUUGCCAAUUCGAUAUGGUUAAUUCCGACGCUUUUUUGAAGUAAAUUAUAUCCACAUUCGUCGUGUAUCGCCAAUACAUUUUCAUACUUUUUAUUUUGAAGAUAACAAAAAACCAAAUUUAUUAUUGAAGUCAUGUUUGAAUAAUGAAAAUUGAAAACAAAGAUGAAAUUAGUGCAACAAGAAAUUCUAAACUCACUUUGGCUAUUUGCAUCAGAAGCCCUUCCAAUGUUUGCAUCGAUAUUUUUGGAUUUGCACGAAGAAUUUCGAAAACGGUGUUAAUUUUGUCAAUUGUGUGCUCAGACACUUUACAAUCUCGAUUUGAUAGUAGAGCACUGCCCGAACGAAACACUUGACUUACUGAGCCACCCAUUUGGGUGUAUCGAAAGUUUUCCUUUCGCAAAGCUAUAAAGACUGUCACUUAAAUAUAAUUGAGACCUAUUCAAAACAUUCUUCUUUUAUUGCUUGGUAGCUUGCUUCGAGUCCAUUGAAUCAGCUUCCGAAAAUCGUAAAAUCAGUUUGAACAGUUCGAAAACGAUGAACUUAAAUUAUUUUAUUGCAUAUUAUUCAACCAAUUUUCUUAUUUAUUUCUUUGUUUUUUCUUCUCUAAUUCAUUGUAAUGGAAAUUUUAAAUUCGAAGAUAUUUUUGCACAGAUUUGAACGUACAAUCUUUUAUUAAAUGUUCUAUUGGCCAAGCACCUAUUUGAAGUAUCUGUUUUGGGCAAGUGUACCAGAAUGCAAACAAAUGACAUUAAAUGCAGAGACAUUUCAUAGUAGCGACCUCUUUUGUAGAAAACUUUCAUGUUUUGAUAACAGUCAAUUUUCUUCUUCUUCAAUUUUAUCGAUGUUUUUAAUUCUUUAAAAUAAAAUAGAAUUUUGAUUGAAAUGACAUGCGGUUCAAGGAAAAUUUAUUACCCAAAGGACAAUUUGAAACGGAAAUUCCCCCAUCGCCGGAUUUAUGUGUAGUUUCUGUUGCCAUAGCAUAAAAUUCAGGAGUAAAUACAUGAAAAAUUAUUCACAAAAACUUCACUCAUCUCCGGACUCCUUCCCUCCGUACUACCAUUGUUUGAAGCAAAAACAAAACAAAAACAUCAAACAAUUACAAAUAGACUCCAUUUUCAAUUUUAUCAUUCCUUUGAGCAUGCCAAACAACUGUCUGAGAAACAGCAUCAUCAUCAUCCUGAACAAUUGAUGGCCAAUUUUUGUUGGUAACUUUAGCCCAUUCUGAAGUAUUUCCUCCAUAUUCUGAUAAGUUCACUGAAACUGCGUUCAGAUAGGAAAGAUGCGGCAGUUAUUCGUGCCAUCAAUCUAAACAAAUUUGGAUAUGAACAGCGAUUCCCAACAACCAUGGAAUCAAAUCGAAUACAUAUAAUUGGCAGCUCAAAGAGCAUCUUUACUUCCAGAAACCAUAUCACAUUUAGCGUUAGCAAGAACAUAUAUUCAUUUUAACGAACGAACUUGAAUAAAAAAAAUGUUAGCCGUUAGUUCGUUUCAGUUUUUUGGACAGCUCUGAGGACAAGGAGAAUGAAAUUUAUUUCCAAUCUGACAUAAAAUAUUUUGCAGAUUAAAAUGUUGUUGGAAUAUUCACCCGAACAGCGUUCCGAACACACAAAAUCGUUGUUGAAAUGAUAAUAAACAAUUUGAUUGUCCAAGCCAUGUUACAACCAGUCUACGUUUAAUUCUCAAGAAAUCCGUUUGCAAGCAAAACAAAUUUCUAUGAUAAAUAAAAUCGGUUGGUGCGAUGGUAUUUUCAAAGUGAUGGCAGUUGUUUAUACUAAC